CUGUCACCCCCCUCGGUCCUCUGAAGGAGCCUGGUCCUCCCUAUCCUGGGGCCCACACUCUCCCCAGCAGCCACCCCAGAGGCCUCUCCUCCAGCCUCGAGGGCUCUGCUUGUCUUCUCAUCCCCGGGAGGAGAGCGAGGCCAUGGAGCUGCCCCUGCUGCUGCCCCUGCUGCUGCCGCUGCUGCUGCUGCUGCCACCAGCAUCUCUGCAGGGUGAUCACUGGGCACAACCCAAAGCACGCUUUCACUCUGGGAUGAACCAGCAAAAACAACUCUCAGCCCCUGAGGGUGGCUCCAUCCGCAUCCCCUUCUCCUUCGACUACCCCUGGGACUCAGGCAGGGUUUCCAAUGUGAAAAUAUCCUGGAGAUGGAAACACUUCCAUGGGGAUUUCAUCUACAACAUAACCCCCCCAUUCAUCCAUAAUAACUUCAAGAACCGGCUCCUCCUGAACUGGGAAGAGGGUAUGAAGAAAGGCUCCCUCCAGAUCUCGAACCUGCGGAGGGAGGACGAGGGUUCGUACUUCUGUCGGGUGGAGAUGAUCACAGAGAAAUACGGUGAACAGAAGUGGCAGUCCAUCCAGGGGACCGAGCUCACGAUCACACACACCCAGACAACCACCCUGGGCUCCACCACCACUGCUGCCACCACCACUGCUACCACAGCUGGCCUCGGGACCUCAGAGAACCAAAGGCAUUCGGGGUCUUGGCCCCUGAGUACGGAAGCUACAGUGGGGAUAGCAGGCGCUGUGCUUGUAAUAGCAAUUGUGGGACUGAUUUUGUGCCUCUGGUGGAAGAAGAGGAAAGGUCUGCAGACUAAAGCCAGAACCCCCGCCAGUCAGUCCAGGAGGUCACAGAGCCCCCCACAAGGAGAACCAGCCCCAGGUGGGUGUGAACUCUGUCCUGCCCAGCCUCUAACCCAUCACCCACCCUCCUGUUCCCAUGCAGAGGAUCCUUCCAGAAUCUGGAGGAGAAAUACGAGAACAUUGGGAACAAAGUGCAACAGACAAACCCCAAGCUGGACCAAAAUAAUGAUGGCAUCCUCUAUGCCUCCCUCACCCUCCACAACCUGCCCUCACCAGCCGCACCUCCAUGCCCUCCCGCCCACGGGGGCCCCCAGGAAGAGACCGUGUACUCUGCCCUGAAGACCUAAGGACUGGGACGAGUGAUGACCUCCUUAGGGUCAGCCAUGCACGGGGAUCUCACUUCCCCAUAAUCAGAGCCAAACAGAGACCACUCAGAAGCCAGCAGGUGCCGAAGGCCACCGAGGACCUGAGCACCUACCUGCUCCAAUUCCUCUUCGACUUCCCAGCCCUUGACCACACGAAUAAAAGUGCCUGUAUGAUUUGCCCGAUUGCAUCUAAGGAGAAAGUGGUGUCACCCGUAACUUCUGUCCCUCUGUCCAAAAAGGAACCAUAAUAUACAGCUCACACCCAGA